AGGAGAUAUGGGAGCCCCACAACAAACUGCGAAACUGCUUAUAUACUAUGCACGUGAUGACGCGACGCGUCUGUAUAUAGACCAUGGCACACAUAUGCUCAUUCCCACACCAACACCCACAUAUCCACAAUUCGCCUGUGCUUUGUGUAAAUCAUUCCUUCCUGAUUAACAAUGGCUCGUACCAAGCAAACCGCUCGCAAGUCCACUGGUGGCAAGGCUCCCCGUAAGCAAUUGGCCGCCAAGUCCGCAGCUCGCAAGACUGCGCAAGCAAGCACUGGUGGUGUCAAGAAGCCCCAUCGUUUCCGCCCCGGUACCGUCGCUCUUCGUGAGAUCCGUCGGUACCAGAAAUCGACAGAGUUGCUCAUCCGCAAGCUCCCCUUCCAACGACUUGUUCGUGAAAUCGCUCAGGAUUUCAAGACUGACCUGCGCUUCCAAUCAUCUGCCGUGAUGGCUCUUCAAGAAGCUGCUGAAGCGUACCUCGUCUCGUUGUUUGAAGACACGAACUUGGCUGCUAUUCACGCCAAACGUGUUACUAUUCAACCAAAAGAUCUUGCUCUUGCACGGCGGUUGCGUGGGGAGCGUUCGUAGACCCAUAUCUUGUUCGUAUUUGUGUACCCUAUUGUAUUUCUAUCUAUUUUACUUCGACACCUCGAUAUGUGUGCUUGCCGCGUGACUGGUAACUCUAUGAUAUUUGUGAUGCAUUGUUAGAGUUGCGACGUGGAGAAGCGUGAAGACAGUGUGGUCUGGUGUGGUAAAUCGAACGAUAUAUUAGUUAUUGAGCACUUGUGGGUCA